AUGGAGGAAGACGACGGCAGGCGAAGAGGAGACGACUCGAGCAGGAAGAACGAGAUUAAUGUUCAGCAGCUGCACAGUGCGGGGCGAGCGUCCGAGGUGACGCUGCACUACAUGCCGUUUCUCAUCGAUUACGAGGGCGAGGCGCCCAUUCAGAAUUACUUCGUCGUUGAAAGCGAGCGAGUCAAGCAGGAGGAGGAGGGCUCCAUGUCCACCCUCUCCACCUCCACCUCCUCUUCAUCUUCUUCAGCGUCCGCCGCCCCCGGCGACGAUAUUCUGCGAGCAUCAUUCCGGGGACGAUUGCUACGCGGCAAAACGCUCCCCCUUCCCUCGGACUACCAAGGGCUGGUGCUGCAGGAGGCAACAGGGCGAGGCGCAGACGGCGAGAAGCAGUGGCACGUCAGUGGCCAGUUCUCAGAGUGGACCUACUGGAAUCACGACACGCGCCCGUAUCCAUCAGAUCAGCCGCAGCAGUGGAUGGGCUGGCUCCACCUUUCUCAACAGGUCACCGAGGAGGAGAUCGCGGCCCUGAGCUCUUGA